UGGAAUAAAAUGCUUUCAUGUCCAUAUAAAAUAGAAUAGAAGAAUGUGUUAAUGGUCUAUUUACAAUAAAAUGUUUCUUUUCAAAAAUAUAUAAUAUGCUGAACAUAACUAUCAAGGGAUGUAUUUGCAAACGAGAAUUGUGACUUAAUGCAUUCGACUAUCAUUUAUUUGGAUGCUGUUGACCAUUUACUAUAGUCCGAAACAGUUUGUUGAUUUUGUGUAAUUUUGGAUACGCUUGGAGUUUUCCCGAUGCCACUUUGGUUAACAAAAAGAUAAUGUCUUAAUUCAAACGAAAUAGAUCUCUUUUUAUGCAUAGAAUCACGAUCAAAGGCAGAUGAACCCUCGGUAUUAUGUUUUGAUGUUUAAUGAUGCAUUAAUGCAAAACGCACACUGUUACAAAAGUUGUUAGUCCUUUUCUUUUCAUUGAUACUUCGAUUAAACGAACAAGUAGUUGAUUUAAUUUUUUUUUUCUAUUUGAUAUAUUUUCUGUAUAAAUGAAAAAUAUAAAAUUAAACUUUUGCAUGGCGUGUUUCUUUCAAAACAUCGAACACGUCAUGAAACACAAUGUGAUGCCACAAUCAGUUUUCUAUGAUGCAGAAAUCGAACGAAUUUUUCAGGCAAUUCAAAUCAAUAUAAAUGCAUAACUCAACAGAUAUUAAGUAUGUCGACAUCCCAUCAAUAAGUCCGAUAUGUUUUGAAACAGGACAUGACAUUGUGACGUCUACUGAUUUCAUGAACAGCAAGUCACAUUUCUUUGGCAAGGUUUAUCUUGCGAUAAGAUCUCUUCAUUUAAAAACAAAAUUGCAUCAUUCAUACUUGCUACCGUAAUAGAUUAAGUGUCGCUUGUUAUCAUCGUAAAUACAGAAGUUAUUUAUGCCCUAUAAACCCCUGUCUGAACUAUGUGUGGUUUUUAUUGCAGCCGAGAACAGAAUACACAUCAUGAGCUUUCGUCAGUUCCGAUACAGCUGCAAACAAAACAAAUGAUAAGAAGAAUUAUGUCAUAGCACACAUUCUGCUUAUUAUCAUCAUCAUGGGCAUAAUGUCAUAAAUUCUUAUUUUAUAGAACAUUUAACAGAAAAAUUGUGACAUUGGUAUCACAACUUUGCAUGUAAUACCACUUAAAACAUUAUAUAUGCAAUAUAUAUCAAGGUGCAUCUAUUUAACAUUCAUAAUUACUUUACAAAUAUAAAACCCAAAACUAAGAAUCCUGUCGAAGUUAGCUAUAAAGAUGUCAUGCAUAAUAUGUUCAUCAUUUGGAACAUGGCUUCCUUUACUAUUAUCACUUACACACGCAAGUACUCUGAAGAUGUAAUCAAAAUAUGCUGGAGUUCCAUUUAACAAUAUAUUGGUAGUUUUUUGUGAUCAGGUCUCCCAACAGUCUGCUAGAAUCCCAUGAGUGCUAAUUUGUUAGCUGACCUGUUUGCAUAAUCUCAUGAAUCAUAAUUUAUUCAAAAAUAUUACGUGAGAAGAAACAUCUCUUACUGUGACCUUCAAAGCGACAUUAAGAUAUAUCGACAACGUUUUGUCUAUUGACAAUAAUCAUUUUCAUUCAUGUGUCGAUUCGAAAUUAAAGACACCACAGGGUCAUUCACAUUUGCUUCAUAUUUAGAUAUUUUAUUGCAAACUAACAGGUCAACUUUAUAAUAAACGGGAUGCUUUCAGCUUCUCCAACGUUUACUUCCCAUUAUCACCUGCAUAUGGUGUUUAUGUCUCUCAGAUGAUUCAAUACGUAAGAAUUUGAUAUGUGUAUGAUCAGUUUUUAAAUCGAUGCAGGCUACUGACGAACAAGUUGAUGGUGCAGAAUGUUCAACUGUCUCGUUGAGGGUCAGCAUUUCGCAAAAUUUAUGGUCGUUGUUACGAUCUAGACUGCCAAUACAACCUAUCAUUGGGUCAAAUUCUGUCUGACGUGUUUCAUACCGAUUGUUGGGCCGUUCUUGGUACACUGAUUUUGACUACGCAUAACUCCGUUUACCUGAUCAAGAUAUGGGGCGAAACAGUAGAGUGAAUGAAACGUUCACUGUGUAGUGUAUAUUGGUUCUUAUAAAGCGUAAAAUAAUUAGCGCCUCAAAAGUUUUGAAAGCAAAAAAAAAAAAUAGAAAUUUUCCUGCGUGGUCGCUUAUCCGAAAGUUAUGGUAGAAGUAUUUUUAAAAAACAUGAAUCUACUUUUGCGCGCUGGUAAGCGGGUUAUUUCAAUUUCAAUGAUGCAAGCCCGAUACAUAUAAGUUUUGCAUUUCAAAAUGAGAUAAAUUGUAAUUUCGUUGCAUCAUCCGAAGCAUACAUCAGUGAAACCACACAUACAACAUACAGUCCAGUGUUCUUUUUAAGGGGAUGCAUAAAAUUGGGUGAAGACCUUGUGUUUAAUCAGGACCUAUAUACAAGCGAAGGAGCAGACGCAUGAAAGAUGACGACAAUAAACAGUGAUCAAUCUCAAACUCCUAUAAGGAAUACAAAAUAGAGUUGGGCAAACAUGGACCCAUGGAUAUACCAGUUUUGAAAUCAAGUGCCUGGGAGAAGUAUACAUCCCCUCUCGACCGGUCACAUAUUUUGAUCACAUCAACGGAAUCAAAAUUAGUGUGCCAAGAACGGCCUAAUAAUCGUCACGAUACGCGUCAGACAGCAUUUGACCCGAUGAUAGGUUGUAUUGGCAAACUAGAUCUAUAUAGCGAUAUUGAUUUCAAUCCAAAACUCAGCUAUUAGCAAGCAGUCAAAACGUCGUAUAUCAAACAGAUGGGUCCUCCAAAGCAUGCUGUUUCUAUUCAUAGAUAACAUUAAUGAGUAAUUAAAACAGUUCCAAACGGUCUAUCCAAUCUUAGGUAAAUAAACUGGAGGUGUGAAAGAAAGAGAACAAUUGCUUUAAAGUAGCUUUUAUUGUUUGUAUCUUUCAGUUGAUCUGCUUAUGUAUUUGUCUAACAGCUUAUUGAUAUACAUAUAUAUAUAUUAACAGAAACAAAUUAAGGACAGUUUGUUUGCCCUAACAAGCCUUUCAGUACUAUUGACAUCAAACCACGAGACGCUAGUGGUAAAUCAAAUCAAAAGAGCAAUGGAUCUAUUUGUAUCAUGCAAUGUCAAUAUUUCGACUGUUAGCAAUACUUUUGAGGUCGCCAACGAGUUCGGUAUAAUCCAAAGUAAGGACAAUAUUGACUGUAACGUCAUGCAAAAUUGAUAUAUGGUUAUGCCAGUAAAUGAUAUACUUUGAAGCUAAUUCCAAUACUAUUCAACGUAAUCAAUGCUUAACGCUACAUUCAUUUUUGGAUGAAGAAUCAGUCAAUAAUUAGAUUUGACGGGAUGCCAGGAAUUGAACCAGGGUCCAUCUGGCUAUAAAUCGAAUACCUUAACCAAUAGGGCAGCGUUUUACAAAAGCACUUACGACUUAAUAUCGACUUUGCAUACUGAAAUUUCCCCUGUUUAUAUGCAUGGGUGUGAUAAAUUUGUGAUCAAUUUGUAAUGUCUUGAAUUGUGUGAAAAUUCUUUCUUUAAGAAUAAAAACCCACUUUAUUUGGUACUGAAGUACGACAUUAAUAGAAAUUACCAAAUACAAAAUGGCUUGCUAUAGAUUACAUUCUACCAUUCUAUCAUUCAAUGGUUCAUAAUGAAGUACUGAUCUGCUAUAAAAUUAACGUAAAUUCGUUAUAUCCAACAAAUUCAUGCUAUUUCUACAACUACGGGGAAUCUUCUUACUUUAAGCUUGAAUGCAUUACAAUAAUAUUUAAAUUAACAAUAAUUUUACUACUUAUCUAGGAACGUAUUAUUCAGGACAUAUUUUCUGCUAACGUUAUAAGCAUUCCCAAUAUUAGAAUCCAGUUCAUUAUUUUCCAGUGUAGGUUAAUGAUGUGAUCACUAUAUGAUUUUUCAAACAAUUGAAUAUAAAACUUAUACAGUACCAAUUUUGAUGCACCAGAUGCGCUUUUUGACAAAUAAUGUCUCAUCAGUGAUGCUCAACCGAAAUGUUUGAAAUCCGAAAUAACUAUGAAGCUUUAGAGCUAAAUAUAGCCAAAAACAGCGUGCCAAAAAAGUGGAGCCAAAUUCGUCCAAUGAUAAAAGCUAUGCAUGAGAGAGAUAAUCCUUAAUUUUUAAAUGAAUUUCUAAAUUUUGUAACAGCAAUUAAAUAUACAUCCGUAUUUUCAAGCUAGUAACGAAGUACUUAGCUACUGGGCUGUAGAGACCCUCGGGGACUAAGAGUCCACCAGCAGAGGCCUCGACCCAGGGGUCAUAAUAUAAAACUUAUACGGUACCAAUUUUGAUGCACCAGAUGCGCAUCGAGUUUUUAGCUCAUCUGAGCCGAAUGCUCAAGUGAGCUUUUCUGAUCAAAAUUUGUCCGUUAUCUGUCGUCAGCGUCGUCAGUGUCGUUGUCGUCCGCUUAAACCUUUCAUAUUUUCAUCUUCUCCAGAAGCACUGGGCCAAUUUCAACAAAAUUUAACACAAAGUAUCCAUGGGUGAAGGGUAUUCACCUUUGUUCAAAUGAAGGGCUAUGCCCACUUCAAAGCGGAAAUAAUUACAAAAAUGCACAAAUAGAGUGGAGUCAUUUCAAAAUCUCGAGAAUCACUUGGCCAGAAAAACUGAAAUUUUCAUGAAAGCUUCCUGAAAUACGGGAAAUUCACGUUUGUCAAAAUCAUGACCGCGGGAGAUAUUGAGGCCACAGUAAGGGAUCAAAUUUAUACAUGCAAAUAAAAAACAUAAUCUUUGGAAUAUCUUCUUCUCAAGAACCACUGGGCUAGAAAAGUGGUGAUUUACAUGAAAGCUUCCUGACAUAGAGCAGAUUCAGAUUUGUUCAAAUCAUAGCCUCCGUGGUUAGGGUGGGGCAGCAAUAGUGGAUCAUAGUUUUACAUGCUGAUAUAUAGGAAAAUCUUCUUCAGAACCACUGAGCCAAUUUCAAUCAAGCUCAAAACAAAUUAUCCUUGGAUAAAGGGGAUUCACGUUUGUUGAAACGAAGGACCAUGUCCCUUCAAAGGGGAGAUAAUCACAAAUAUACAAAAAUGGGGUCGGAUCAUUUAAAAAUCUUCCUCUAAAGAACCACUGGGCCAGAACAGCUGACAUUUACAAGAACGCUUUUUGACCAAGUGGAGAUUCCGGUUUGUAAAAACCAUUAUCGCUGGGGUUAGGAAGGGGCCACAAUAAGGGAUCAAUGUUUUAUAUGUAAAUGUAUAGGGAAGUAAACUUGGCACAAAGCAUCCUUAGAUGAAAUUUGUUAAUAUGAAAGGUCUUAUCCGUCUACAUGGGCAUAUGAUAAUUGGUGAAUUUGUAGUCAAGUUUGAUAAAUAAGUUUGAAUAUUGGUUAAUGUUAAGUUAUGUUUGAUAAGUUUUUUUCUGAACCAAGUUGCUUGUAUAAUGUUGAUUUUGCUCAAGCUUGUUUUUUUUUUCUUUCUUUUUUUUCCCUAGAAACUGUUGCUCAUGUGAGCGAUGUGUCUCAAGGCCUUCUUGUUUAUGUCCAAAUACUUUUGAUUUGAAGAUAUCACUGUUGAGUAUAUUGAAGAUUUAAAGUAAAAUGCUUACCAUCAGCUAGUGUUAGUAUUGAAAACAAAAAUGGACAUCACUAUGCAUACGAAUACCGCAAAGUAGCAAAGUCAGCAUUUAAUCAGAGUAAACAAAAACACAAAAACAUAAGUAAUGCGAUCAACCAAUUAGGCAACGCUAAUACUCAGCAUUAAUACUGUAUCAUCAAUUUAGUUCGGUAAUGCACAGCCAAAACUACUGAAAACUAUCAAAAGAUGAGUUUAUUUUGUGAAAUGAGUGUAGUCUGAUAAUGUAUGGUUUCGUCUCAAUUUAUCUGUGACACGUGAGUGAAGAGUAUGGGACUCGUCAUUUAUAGUUUUAUUUCUGUUAUGUCUUUUAAAAAACCAUUUAUCAGUCUUCGAAUUAGCAAGCGGUAUCAAGACCCUGAAUCAGUAGUACAUUAUCGAAAAAUCUCGAGAUUGAAACGACGCCUUCUCUAAAUAAAUUCUCACGCAAUUCAUACACAGUUGUGCAUUGUGUAGAAAGGUCUUUCUUAUUCUUUACAAGACUAGAAUCCUACCUUCCUUAUCAAAUAGAAUAAAUUAAACUCAAGAAUAUCAGCAGAUUUGGUUGUAUGGAAUGUCAAAACAAGAUUUUAUAGAUGUCAUCACUCAAAUAAGAAAUCCAGAGGAAAGUUCAUAUUCUCAACUCUCACGUUGCCUUUAAAAUGCCAACGAUCUUCUUAAAGUCCUUCAAAUAGGCAUAUCCUUGCACAGGCGUUAGAUGCUUUCUUCAAAAUGAGAAACAUCAAAAUCAUAGUUUUGAUACUGUCUGUUUACAGAAUAGCAGGACACACUUCGUUAAAUCAUACAAAGGAAUCAUUUCCUCGCAACACACCUGGUAAACUAUCCAAUGAUCUAAGAAAUGUUCUCUAUCAAGAAAGUAUUGUGCGCUUCUCAAUGGUACAAAACAUUCAGAGAUUGACAAUGGAUGUCAUAAACAUCAGAAGUGACAGACAAACCUUGAAGAAGAAUCUUGACGAUAUGAUGGAGGAAGUAAAGACUUUGGAGACAAAUGGCCAGAGACUACAGCAGGAAAACAAUGUCCUUAAACAAAAUCUAACGGACUUGUAUGCAACAUGUAGUGACAACAAACGAUUCACAGCCAAGGAGAGUCAGGGAUUUGAUGUGUCCCAAAUACUAACUAUGCAAAGACAGAUAUCAGUCCUCAAGAACAAUAACGACAGACAAGCCAUGGAGAAUGAAAAUUUGAGAGGGAGAUAUCUUACUCUGUUACAGGAAAAUGGCGAUUUCAAACACCAACUGAACGAAAUGAAUGCAACAUUGAGUCAAAUCAGACAGCUUGAUGAUUUUAACCCACGGUUACAGGCGAUAGAAAAUAAUAUACGAAAGCUUACGUUUUCCACUGAUGUUGCGCUGAAUGACAUCCGUGAGGAUCUGAACGGGUCUAAACUCCAACUGCAGAACAUCCCAUCGGAAGUAUGGGCAGCUUGCGAGAAAGGAUGGUACCAGUUUGAAGAUAAUUGUUACCAGUUCUCAAACAGUUCUCUAACAUUCAAUGCCGCAGUGACAAUGUGUAAUAGUGCUUCCAAAGGUGCAAUCCUUCUUGAGAUUCGAAGUCCUGAAGAAGAAAACUGGAUUAGAUUGCAGAUGCAAAGACAAGGUUGGAAAACAACAUGGAUAGGUAUAACAGAUUCCCUCGAUGAAGGCACGUUUGUGUUCGCCUCAAGCGGCAACAAGAUACAGAAUGUACACGCCGACUGGGGCAGAGGAGAACCCGGAGGCGGUACGGGAGAGAACUGUGGGCUGCUCCUGCUGAAAACGAAAGGAUGGCACGAUUAUCCCUGCAGUUCCAAAUAUCGAUCCAUCUGCAAGAAAGCAAGAGUUUAGACAUGUUUUGUACUGAUUUCAUUUGAGAAUGUCAAGCAUGAGAUCGGGGGGAAAAUUUUCAUUUCCUGUCUCCGAUGCAACUUCAACCACAGUACAUAACGAAAUGAUACAGUGAUAUUGACAUAUAUUUGUAUAUCAGUGGUAAUAAAGAAUUUAAUUUGAA